AUGCGAUAUCUAAAGGGAACUGCAGAUUAUGUGCUAUGCUAUCAAGGUUCAGAUUUGCAGCUAAGAGGUUACAGCGAUGCCGACUGGGGCAGUGACCUAGAUGAGCGUAAAUCAACAACUGGGUAUGUAUUUCUGCUCAACAAUGGCGCCAUUACAUGGAGCAGCAAGAAACAACCUUGUAUAGUUUUAUCCACCAUGGAGGCAGAAUACAUAGCUUGUUCUGCAGCAGUUCAAGAAGUUGUUUGGUUACAGAGGUUCCUCAAGCAUUUAGACAUUGGCACAGAUACUUCAAAUCCGGGAGACAGGGGUGGAUUUACAUUUAACAGACGGGAUGAUAUGGGCGAUGAGCCUAGUCCUAUUUUCUCAUUGCUCCCGACUCACCAUUGGGUUGGAUUUCAUUCAAACUGGGUUCUACAUAAUGUGGAUGAAAUUCGUGACUACAUAGGGAUCUCUUGCAAGGGUUUUGAAGAACAAUUUAAAGCUCUACUUACAACUAUAGAGGAGGGACAACCUUUUCUGGCUAGAUCCUUCUUGGAAAAAGUAAGGGAUCUAAAGAGUUUGUCUUGUUUAAUCAAUUAUGAUGCAAGGGAAGGUAGUGCAAGUAAAGGAAGGCACAAGGACAGGGCCAACAGUGAUACAUGA